AUGGCGUCACCACAGCCUCCCGCAUCCUUCGGGGCCGGUGCUGUGUCACAGACAACGGCGCGUAUGAUGAACCAACGCCUCGAGGAUUCCAUGACUGAGGAAGGUUCACAAAAGGAUAGUGGCGAUGUCGACGACUCUGCGACUCCCGUCACGGCCGAUGAUAUCGAAGAGACGCGACACAAGGAAAUCACGGCCCUUGCUCGGACCUUCUCUCAGCUGUCCAACAAGGCCUAUUCAGAAAAGGGUGGACUCCAUGAUGAGGGCAUCAACACUUUCCUGGAAACAGAGCAGGACCCUGAACUCAACCCUAAUGAUCUGGAUAAUUUCAACUCGCGCAAGUGGGCCAAGAACUUUCUCCAGAUGACCUCGCGUGAUCCGGACCGGUACCCGCGUCGCACAGCAGGUGUCUCGUUCCGCAAUCUGAAUGUGUUUGGGUAUGGCACAGCGGCUGAUUACCAGACCAACUUUGGCAAUGCCUGGCUGAAGAUGAUGAGCUGGGUCCAGGGCCAGCUGGGUCUGCGUGAGAAGAAGCGUAUCGAUAUUCUGAGAAACUUUGAAGGAAUCGUGCAUGAGGGUGAGAUGCUGGUGGUUCUAGGUCGUCCUGGCAGUGGGUGCUCCACGUUCUUGCGAACCAUCGCUGGUGAAACUCAUGGUCUGUUCCUCGCAGAAGGCUCUGAUAUUGAAUAUGAGGGAAUCUCAUGGGAUCACAUGCAUGGAAGAUUCCGUGGUGAAGUGAUCUACCAGGCUGAGACGGAGAUCCACUUCCCUAUGCUCACAGCCGGAGAAACCCUCCUGUUUGCUGCCCAGGCUCGCGCCCCGAACAAUCGCCUUCCAGGAGUCAGCCGUGAUCAGUAUGCGGAGCACAUGCGUGAUGUCGUGAUGGCCAUGCUUGGCCUGUCCCACACCAUGAAUACCAAAGUCGGUAAUGAGUUCAUUCGUGGUGUGUCCGGAGGUGAGCGCAAGCGCGUGAGUAUUGCCGAGACCACACUUUGCGGAAGUCCCCUCCAGUGCUGGGACAACAGUACGCGUGGUCUAGAUAGCUCGACGGCCCUGGAAUUUGUCAAGAACAUCCGCCUGUCCACGGAAUACAGCGGAUCCACUGCGGUUGUGGCAAUCUACCAGGCCAGUCAGUCCAUCUACGACAUUUUCGACAAAGCUAUCGUCCUCUAUGAGGGCCGCCAAAUUUACUUUGGCAGAGCUGACGAUGCUCGGCGCUUCUUCAUCGACAUGGGUUUCUACUGCCCUGAUCGACAAACCACUGCAGACUUUUUGACAUCUCUCACUAGUCCAUCGGAGCGACGAGUUCGAGAUGGCUUCGAAAGCUUUGUGCCACGAACUCCCGAUGAGUUUGCGGCCCGCUGGCGAGAUAGCUCUGAGCGGAAACAGCUUUUACAGGAGAUUCAAGACAGCCGUGAUCACCACCCAGUUGAUGGAGAAAAGUUUGAUAGCUUCAACCGUUCCCGUGCUGCAGAGAAGGCAAAGGGUACUCGUGCCCAAUCGCCUUACACUCUCUCAUAUGCCAUGCAGGUUAAGCUUUGCCUGUGGCGUGGAUUCCUGCGGCUCAAAGGUGAUAUGAGCAUGACCAUCGCAUCGGUCAUCGGUAAUACCAUCAUGGGUAUUAUUAUCUCCACUCUCCUGGAAAUUCUGACCCUCUGGCAACAACGGCCCAUCGUUGAGAAGCAUUACAAGUAUGCGCUGUACCACCCCUCGGCCGAGGCGAUCAGCUCGUACAUUGUGGAGAUGCCAUCCAAGGUGAUGGUCGCCGUCACGUUCAACAUCAUCAUCUACUUUAUUCCACAUCUCCGUCGCACGGCAGGCCACUACUUCGUCUUUUUCCUCUUCUCUUUCACCACCACUCUCGUGAUGUCGAACCUCUUCCGCACGAUCGGUGCAAGUUCUCGCUCCAUGGCCCAGGCAAUGGUUCCCUCUUCGAUCUUCAUGAUGAUCCUGGUCAUCUACACCGGCUUUACGAUUCCCGUCAGAGAUAUGCAUCCGUGGUUCCGGUGGCUCAAUUACCUAAAUCCAAUUGCUUACGCUUUCGAAUCCCUCAUGAUCAACGAGUUCAGUGGGCGACGGUUCCCUUGCACAGACUACGUUCCUGGCGGUCCCCUCUAUGCAAAUGCCCCCCUCAGCUCCAAGAUUUGCUCGCAGAAAGGUGCAGUGGCUGGUCAGGAUUACAUCGACGGUGAUGCCUACAUCAAUACCACCUUCCACUACUACAAGGAGCACUUGUGGCGAAACUUCGGUAUUCUUUGUGGCUUUUUCUUCGCCUUCCUCAUUGCCUACAUUAUCUCCAGCGAGUACAUUCGUGCUGCGCCAUCUAAGGGUGAGAUCUUGGUCUUCCCUCGUGGCAAGAUUCCAGCAUAUGCGAAGAAGACUCGCCAAGAGAACGACCCUGAAGAAGCGGCACAAGGAGAGAAGCAACAGGUUGUGGGAGAAGCUCAGGGUCUCGCUGUUCAAAGUGCCGCUCUCGCGAAGCAAACUGCAGUCUUCCACUGGGAGAAUGUCUGCUAUGAUAUCAAGAUCAAGGGAAAGCCGCGACGUAUUCUCGACAGUGUGGAUGGAUGGGUGAAGCCGGGAACUCUAACUGCACUGAUGGGUGUGACUGGUGCUGGUAAGACUUCGCUACUGGAUGUACUGGCGAACCGAAUUACCAUGGGUGUCAUUACCGGCGAGAUGCUGGUAGACGGUCGUCCUCGCGAUGACUCCUUCCAACGAAAGACAGGAUACGUUCAACAGCAAGAUUUACACCUUGAGACCAGCACUGUUCGUGAGGCCCUCAUUUUCAGUGCCCUUCUUCGCCAGCCACACAGCGUUCCGCGCCAGGAGAAACUGGCCUAUGUGGAAGAGGUCAUCCGAAUGCUGGAGAUGGAGGCUUACGCAGAAGCUGUUGUAGGCGUCCUAGGCACUGGACUCAACGUGGAACAACGCAAACGCUUGACUAUCGGGGUGGAGCUCGCUGCUAAGCCAGACCUGCUACUCUUCUUUGAUGAGCCCACCUCGGGUCUUGACAGUCAAACCGCCUGGUCGAUCUGCAGCCUGAUGCGGAAACUGGCAGACCAUGGACAAGCCGUUCUAUGUACCAUUCACCAGCCCUCCGCCAUGCUUAUGCAGGAGUUUGAUCGCUUGCUGUUCUUGGCCAAAGGUGGCCGCACUGUGUACUUUGGAGAUCUCGGCACGAACAUGGAGACCUUGAUCAAGUACUUCGAAGACAAGGGGUCGAUCAAGUGUCCCGAAAAUGCCAAUCCCGCCGAAUGGAUGCUCGAGGUCAUCGGUGCUGCACCCGGAUCUCAUGCAGAUCGUGACUGGGCAGAAGUGUGGACGGAGAGCCCCGAGCGUGCGCAAGUGCGACAAGUUCUGGCAGAGAUGAAAGCCGAGCUAUCACAGAAACCGCUGCCCGAAGCGACGGGUGGAUAUGGAGAGUUUGCUACACCGAUUUGGUACCAGUUCCUCGUUUGCAUCCAGCGUAUGUUCCAGCAGUACUACCGCAGCCCUGGAUAUCUGUAUUCGAAGACAGCCAUGUGUGUCUUCCCGCCAAUCUUUAUCGGUUUUACGUUCUGGAAGAUGCCCAACAGUCUCCAAGGGUUGCAGAAUCAGAUGUUUGCCAUCUUCAUGCUGCUGAUCAUCUUCCCAAAUCUGGUUCAACAGAUGAUGCCAAGCUUCGUGACCCAGCGAGCAUUGUAUGAGGUGCGCGAACGGCCCUCCAAGGCAUACUCGUGGAAGGCAUUCAUGCUGGCCAGUAUCUUUGUGGAACUUCCCUGGAACAUCAUUAUGUCGAUACCCGUGUACUUCUCCUGGUACUAUCCGAUCGGUCUUUACCGUAAUGCACCACCUGGCCAGACGACAGCACGAGGUGGCACAAUGUUCCUGCUAAUUCUCAUCUUCUUGAUGUUCGCCUCGACCUUCAGUUCGAUGAUGAUUGCAGGAAUCGAGCAGCCCGAGACUGGUAGUAACCUGGCACAGUUGUUGUUCUCUCUGUGCUUGGUGUUCAACGGUGUCCUGGCGAGUCCGUCGGCGUUACCACGCUUCUGGAUCUUCAUGUACCGGGUCUCGCCGUUCACGUAUCUCGUCUCGGCCGUGCUCUCUACAGGGCUGUCAGGUGGAACCGCUGAAUGCUCCAGCAUUGAGCUUCUCAAGGUUGACCCGCCCAGUGGUCAGAACUGCUCUUCUUAUCUUGAUCAGUACGUCGACAUGUUCCAGGCGAACUUGCUGAAUCCGGAUGCGACCACGGGCUGUGAAAUCUGCUCGAUCCGGUCCACUGAUGCCUUCCUGGCUCAGUUGAGCAUCAAGUUCUCCGACCACUGGCGCAACGUAGGGUUGCUCUUUGUGUACGUGGGCUUCAACAUCGUGAUGGCCCUGUUCCUGUACUGGCUGAUUCGCGUGCCAAAGAAAUGGUCGCGGAAGAUGAAGACGGAGUGA